CCUGUUCAACAACUUCCUCCAACCCCUGUUGCAAAAAGCAAACCAUUCGUAUCUGAUCAUUUGGACAAGCAUUCUGGCUUGGUCGACGAAUAUGGAUUCUUAUGGGAAACUCUUCAAGAUGUACCUCCACCCACUCUUCCAUGAAGGAAUAUCGUGAGAGGGAAUUGAAGUGGCUGUCAGUGGUAUCCAAGAUGGAUGUGGGAACGGUCGAAAAGGACAACAAGCUGAAAAAGUUGGUACGAUCCGGGAUACCAGCUUCGAUCCGUGCCAAAUCAUGGCAAUUUCUUUCACGAAGUCGAGAAUACCAAAAACCGGGUUUAUAUAAGACCUUACUCCAAGGUGCGAAAAGCUCUGUACACGACGUCAUUGAGCAAGAUGUUGCAAGGUGCUAUCCCAAUCAUGUUCAUUUUAUGCGUCGAGAUGGAGAAGGACAAAACGAUUUAAGGGAUGUUUUAUCAGCGUAUGCACAGUAUAAUCCAGAUCUUGGAUACUGUCAAGGCAUGCACUGCCUAGCUGGCUGCAUGCUUAUGCAGAUGCCUGCGGAGGAUGCUUUUUGGCUGCUAGUGGCCACGGUCGAUCGAUAUUUGAAGGGCUAUUUUGACCCAUCCCUGUCACAGAUACGAAUUGAUACCGUUGUCAUUGGAGAACUGCUUCGAGAGCAUCAACCCAAAUUGGCUCGUCAUCUGGAAUCCAAUGGCGUCACUCCCAUUAUGUACAUCCCUUCGUGGUUCUUGACGGCAUUUACUUUAUCAUUACCUUGGAGCUCUGUUUUGCGCCUCUGGGAUGUCUUUUAUUUUGAAGGUGUCAAGGUGUUUUAUAGAAUUACGUUGGCUAUCUUGGAAAUUUGCAAAGAUCAUCUCCUCCAAAACUGUCCAAGCAAUUCAGAACUCUUGGCAUUUUUGCUCCAUAUCCCACAUAAAUACUUGGGACCCGACUUGUUACUGGAAACAGCUUUUCGCAUAAAAUUGUCUAAGUCCGAUAUUGCAAAGUAUGCUCGCAAAGCAUCCAUCAAGGAUGCCAGUGUAGCCGGUCUUCCGUUUGAACCGGGCUUAGAGAAUUUGAAAGUUGGCCAAAAUCAAUCAACCUCCAGCUUGCCCAGCUUGAAAUCUCUCUCUGGAAUCAGCAAACGUGUAAAACCACAUCGUUCUCAGACCUCUGGACCGCAUACCCUUCCAAAAUCCAGUCAUCUUACUUGAUCCGUUGUCACAUAUCCCCAAAGUUCUAAAUUAGUUACCUCCCUAAUGCCAAACAAGACCACCAUAAACUUCUACCUUUUCCUAGUCUACGCCUACCAAUUGUUUAAGCAAUCAUUUUCUUGUAAUUUUAUAAGGAAUAUUUCAAAAUUCAGUACACUGACCUGCUGCGGCACUACUAUCGCUCACGC